CCAGGGCCGCCCGUCCCUGACCGCGCCGCGGCGUCCCGUGUGGGGCGGGAGAGGCGGUGACGGGGCACUCCCCCUGCUGCCGCCCGCCGUUUCCAGGGGCUCGGGACCGGUUUGUUUGUUUUGUCGCGGUGGCAUGGACCUGCCCUACGGGAGCUGGCCGGGGCAGGACCGUCACACCUGAAGUGCCGAGUAACGAGGGGCGUCAGGAUGUCAUUGUCAAACUGCGGGACGGCACCCCUGCCUUAGAGCCCCGCAGGAAGACUGCCGCGCCUAGACUGAUGCUUCUGGAUCCCCACCGUUAUUCCUGCCACAGUCCUGUGUCGUUGAGCAUAUCUGUAAAGAUGCCUUAGAAAAAGAACCAUGGAGAAGUAUGUUAGACUACAGAAGAUUGGAGAAGGUUCAUUUGGAAAAGCCGUUCUUGUUAAAUCUACAGAAGAUGGCAGGCAGUAUGUCAUCAAGGAAAUUAAUAUCUCUAAAAUGUCCAGUAAAGAAAGGGAAGAAUCAAGGAGAGAAGUUGCAGUGUUGGCAAACAUGAAGCAUCCAAAUAUUGUCCAGUAUAAAGAAUCAUUUGAAGAAAAUGGCUCUCUCUACAUCGUGAUGGAUUACUGUGAAGGAGGGGAUCUGUUUAAACGAAUAAAUGCUCAGAAAGGCAUUUUGUUUCAAGAGGAUCAGAUUUUAGACUGGUUUGUACAGAUAUGUUUGGCCCUGAAACAUGUACAUGAUAGAAAAAUUCUUCAUCGAGACAUAAAAUCACAGAACAUAUUUUUAACCAAAGAUGGAACGGUACAACUUGGAGAUUUUGGAAUUGCUAGAGUUCUUAAUAGUACUGUAGAGCUGGCUCGCACUUGUAUAGGGACUCCAUACUACUUGUCACCUGAAAUCUGUGAAAACAAACCUUAUAAUAAUAAAAGUGACAUUUGGGCUCUGGGGUGUGUCCUUUAUGAGAUGUGUACACUUAAACAUGCAUUUGAAGCUGGCAGCAUGAAAAACCUGGUGCUGAAGAUAAUAUCUGGAUCUUUCCCACCGGUGUCUUUGCAUUAUUCCUAUGAUCUCCGCAAUUUGCUCUCUCAGUUAUUUAAGAGAAAUCCUAGGGAUAGACCAUCAGUCAACUCCAUAUUGGAGAAAGGUUUUAUAGCCAAACGCAUUGAAAAGUUUCUGUCCCCUCAGCUUAUUGCAGAAGAAUUUUGUCCAAAAACAUUUUCCAAGUUUGGUGCACAGCCUAUACCAGCUAAAAGACCAGCUUCAGGACAAAGCUUGGUUUCUGUUGCACCUACUCAGAAAAUUACAAAACCUGCUGCUAAAUAUGGAAUACCUUUAACUUAUAAGAAAUAUGGAGAUAAAAAAUUACAUGAAAAGAAACCACUGCAAAAACAUAAACAGGCCCAUCAAACUCCUGUGAAGAGAGUGAAUCCUAGAGAAGAAAGGAGGAAAAUGUUUGAGGAAGCACCAAGAAAUAGAAGGUUGGAAUUUACUGAAAAAGAAAAGAAACAAAAGGAUCAGAUUAUUAAUUUAAUGAAGGCUGAACAAAUGAGAAGACAAGAAAAGGAAAGGUUGGAGAGGAUAAAUAGGGCCAGGGAGCAAGGAUGGAGAAAUGUGCUAAGUGCUGGUGGCAGUGGUGAAGUAAAGGCUCCCUUUAUUGGCAGUGGAGGGGCCAUAGCUCCAUCAUCUUUUUCUCCUCGAGGACAGUAUGAACAUUACCAUGCCAUUUUUGAUCAAAUGCAGCAACAGAGAGCAGAAGAGAAUGAGGCCAAAUGGAAAGGAGAACUGCGCGGUCGAGGGCUUCCAGAAAGAGGAAUUCUGCCUGGAGUUCGUCCAGGAUUUCCUAUUGGGGCUGCAGGUCAUCACCAUUUCCCUGCUGCUGAUGCUAUUAGACAGACUUUGAAAGGAUUGAAGGCCGUGUCUAAACAAGCCAGUACAAACAGGCAAAAAGGGCAGCUAACUAUAGAAAGAGCUAAACAAGUGGAAGAGUUCCUACAGCGAAAACGGGAAGCUAUGCAGAAUAAAGCUCGAGCCGAAGGACACGUGAUACUUCACUUAGGAGAGUGGUCUCCAGUUCCAUCCAGAUUGUUGCAAAAGGGAAUCCUGCAAAACCUGGCAGCUAUGUAUGGAGGCAGGCCCAGCUCUGCAAGAGGAGGGAAGCCGAGAAACAAAGAGGAAGAGGUUUACCUGGCAAGACUGAGGCAAAUAAGACUACAGAAUUUCAAUGAGCGCCAACAAAUUAAAGCUAAACUUCGUGGUGAAAAAAAAGGAGCUGAUAGUUCCGAAGGACAAGAAGGAAGUGAAGAGGCUGACUCGAGGCGCAAAAAAGUUGAAUCACUUAAGGCCCGAGCAAAUGCACGUGCUGCCGUUCUAAAAGAACAACUAGAGCGAAAGAGAAAGGAAGCAUAUGAGAGAGAAAAGAAAGUGUGGGAAGAGCAUUUGGUGGCUAAAGGAGUAAAGAGUUCUGAUGUUUCUUCACAUUUGGGGCAGCAUGAACCAGGUGGCUCUCCAUCAAAGCAGCAGACGAGAUCUGUUAUUUCUGUGACUUCAGCUUUGAAGGAAGUGGGUGUGGACAGUAGUUUAACUGAUACCCAGGAAACCUCAGAAGACACACAAAAGACCAAUAAUGCUAUUUCAAGUAAGCGAGAAAUACUACGUAGAUUAAAUGAAAAUCUUAAAGCUCAAGAAGAUGAAAAAGGAAAGCAGUGUCACUCUGAUACUUGUGAGAAAAUUGUUCAUGAAGGUGCCAAAAUGCAUGAAAAAGGAAAUUCAGUUUCAUCGGAUCGUAAGAAGUGGGAGGCAGGAGGUCAGCUUGUGGUUCCUGUGGAUGAGUUGACACUGGAUGCAUCGUUCUCUGCAACUGACAAACAUACAGUGGGAGAGGUGAUUAAAUUAGAUCCUGGUGGAUCUCCAAGAAAAGUCUGGGGGAAAAGCCCUACAGAGUCUGUCCUAAAGAUACUUGGAGAAGCUGAACUACAACUUCAGACAGAAGUAUUGGAAAACACAACUGACAGAAGUGAGAUUUCUCCCGUAGGGGAAAAGCACAAGCCUUUAAUUAUUGGAGAAGAAAAAGUACAAUGUGUUUCACAUGAAAUAAACCCAUCAACUACUGUUGAUUCUCCUGUUGAGACAAAAAAUCCAAAGUUUAGGGAGAUAUCUCCACAGAGACCACUGAAACCAGAAGGAAAUGUGGAAGAACCUGAUGAUUUGGAAACAGAAAUUCUACAAGAGCCAAGUGGAACAAACAGAAAUGAGAGCUUGCCAUGCACUGUUACUGACGUGUGGACUAGUGAAGAAAAAGAAACAAAGGACACCGAGUUGGAAGAUAGGGUCACCAUUCAGCAAAAUGAAAUUUCUGAAGAUGGAAUCGUGAAGAAUGUGGACCAACUUAGUGAAGUUCGUAUAGAACCUGGAAUAGAUGAUUCUCAGCACUCUACAUGUGAUACAGAGAAAUGUAAGCAGCCUGAACCAUUUUUCCAGAAAGUGGUUCAUUCUGAACACUUGAACUUAAUCUCUCAAAUUCAGUCAAUUCAGUGUUCAUCAGAAGAGUCCUUUCCACUUCGAUCUCGCUCUGAUCCACCACCAAAAACUAAAAACAAGAAUUCCUUACUGAUUGGACUUUCAACUGGACUGUUUGAUGCAAACAACCCAAAGAUGUUGAGGACAUGUUCACUUCCAGAUCUCUCGAAGCUGUUCAGAACCCUGAUGGACGUUCCCACUGUAGGAGAUGUCCGUCGAGACAAUCUUGAAAUAGAUGAAAUCGAAGAUGAACACAUUAAAGAAGGACCUUCUGAUUCUGAAGACAUUGUGUUUGAAGAAAAUGACACAGAUUUACAAGAGCUUCAGGCCUCCAUGGAGCAGUUACUUAGGGAGCAGCCUGGUGAGUACAGUGAGGAAGAGGAGUCGACCUUCAAGAACAGCGAUGUGGACCAGACUGGCGAUGGCACGGAUGUGGCGGAGGAGGACGACAACCCCAGCAGCGAAAGUGCGCUGAACGAAGAAUGGCACUCAGAUAAUAGCGAUGGUGAAAUUGCAAGUGAAUCUGAGUAUGACAGUGUCUUUAACCAUUUAGAGGAACUGAGACUUCACCUCGAGCAAGAAAUGGGCUUUGAAAAGUUCUUUGAGGUUUAUGAGAAAAUAAAGGCUGUUCAUGAAGAUGAAGAUGAAAAUAUUGAAAUUUGUUCAAAAAUAGCUCAAAAUAUUUUGGGAAAUGAACAUCAGCAUCUUUAUGCCAAGAUUCUUCAUUUAGUCAUGGCAGAUGGAGCCUAUCAGGAAGAUAAUGAUGAAUAAUCCUCAGAACAUUCUUUAACCCUCACCUAUGUGGAAGGUUUAAAUUUGGCUCAUCAGAGUAACAAGGGUCACUGGGAAAUACAACAGUUUUAUACAACGCAAUCAGAUUUAAGAGAGUAUGCUCACUGCAUGAAAAAGAUGGAGAAACAUACCAUUUUGCAACGAUGAUUCUCGUAUUUUAUCUAUUUUAUUUUGUGUGUCAAGUUCCAUAGUUAAAUCCUGUAGAAUAUAUACUUUAUUAAAUUAUCCAACCAAAGCAUAAGAGAUGUUGACCCAGAACUGGACUUGAUGGUUUUGAAGAUUGACUAUGCAAUAGGUAACUUUGACUUUCAGCAGAUGCCUUCAGGUUGAAGGAAUUACCUGUGUCGUGAAAGACCUGCCAGUGGUUUUCCAUGUAAGUCUUUAAAUGUGACCAUUUUUUCUGUCUAGUGCUUGUUUUCAUCCUGGUCAGCAAUUCUGCAUUAAAUAACCUUGUCAAGGGCUCUAUUUUAAGUCUUUAUGUUUUGAAGAUGGAAUUUUUAGCCUUAAAGUUUAUAUUCUCAAGUCCUUUUCCAACCAGUGUGUCUCCUGAACUAGCUCAGUGGAAACAGGAUAUAGAAAGUCAUAGAAAUCAUUAAAAGAUUUGAUUAUGAAAGCAAAAUUAUAUUUCCUAAUAUUUAAAAAGUUGGUUUAUUGCCUGUAUAUCUUAUUAAGGACCAGAACCAGUAAUAUUACAUCUAAAAAUUAGUCUGUGGAUUUUAACAUUUACUUAGUUAAAUGUUACCUAGUAAGUUGCCCUUUUGGUUUUUAGCUUCCUGUCAUGCAUGUGCUUCAAGGACAAUAUGAGGUUAAAAAGGACAAAGGAAUCAUUUUUAUUUUGACACUGUGUCAGUUUUGGUAACUAGGCAAACGUUCCCCAAAGGAGGAAUGUUUGCCUUUUGUACUUCUUUCCAUUAUGAGAAGAUUUAGUUAAGUCAGUGAGAUGAUGGUCUCACAGCUUCAGUUGCAAUAUGCCACGUGUUACAUGGCUUCAUUAGCGAUGUCUACAGUCCAGAUGUUUUUGUAAUAAAAGCAAAAUUUUUGAAACUCCAGUUACAAAGCAUUAUGAUUUGCAUAAUAUGUAAUUUGAAAAAUAAAAUCUUAUCUUGCAGCACUAUCAAUACUAUGUUGAAUUUAUUAUAUAUAUUAUUAAUAUUUCUAACAUCCUAAACUAAAUACUUGAUUUUUAUAUGUUUAUUUUAUGAUAUUGCUAUUAAAUUUUUAUUA